AAACCACUAGUGUUUCACUUAUUUUCUUCUAAAUAUAGUGGGCUGGUUGAAAUAAUAUUUUCUAUAACUGUCAUGUGAGAUGAUUCAGGAAAUUUACAGCAAUGAUCAUUUAUAAUUUUUUAUUUGUUCUGAUGUACAAUUAUGCUCUGGAAAAUUACCAAAAUGUGUGGCUUUUCUCAUAUUAGGUAACCUGUACUUUGACAAAUUAUGGGACCAUGUUUUUGCAGAGGUUCCUUUUGUAUGUUUAGCUUUUCGUAUGAAAACUAAUAACAAUAUAUAUUCACCUGUGUUUUAAAGAUGGCAGAUAGAUUAACACAACUACAAGAUCACUUGAAUCAACUUGCAGAACAUUUUUGCAACAGCAUUGGUAUUAUCCAACAAACGGCUACGAAAAGUACACUUCAUCAAAACAGUGACAAUACAACGGAAGCUACGCCUGAUGUCACACAAGAGGGUCAUUCCCAUUUGUUUGCCACAUUAAUAUCACACACAGUGAGGGAUAUUGAUUAUUUGAUUGAUGCACUUCCCAGUGAAAAGUCUACAACUAGUUUGCAAAUUCAAAGUUUGACUCAGUUGGAGAAAGAAAAUGAAGCAGCUGGAGAGGAAUUGAGAGCAACAGUUAAAGAAGGACAGGCUUUACUGGAAGAGAUUCGUUCUGCUUUAUCAGGUAUAUCUGAUGAAAUUUUGAAGACACGCUGCAGUGUUAAGCCUUAAUUAUGGAUAGUUUUCUUCAAUGUGCAAAAUUUUAUGGAGUCAGAACAUGUAAAGACGUAGAUGCUAAAAAAUAUCACAAAGAUAGUUCAAAUAUUAUUUCUUAAAACAAUGGGCUGACUAUGUCAUUAUACAAUGCCAUUAUUUAACUAAAUUGAAAGAUUUCUUAAAAUGUGCUAACUUAUCACUUUUUUAUGAAAUUAAAUCUUUUGUUUUGUUGAUGAUGUUUUAUGUUGUGCUAUAAACCACAUGUACAAUUAUUUUGUAUUAGUGUCCCGACCUGUGGAUGUACUGUGAAAACAUUCCAUUAUUCAAAUAAUUUUUUUUAAUUGUAAUAAACAUUUCAUUCAUUUUAAUGAGAAUUUACUGCCAAGGAAAAGGGGGAAGUGUAACCAAGUCAAAGAAGGAUUAACAAGCAACUCUGUUGCACUUGAGGUCUUACAGUUAUGUAUUUACUUUAUGUAUUUAUUUGUGUCAAGUAUUUAAGAUAUUUCUUGCACUCCAUCUGUGAUGUUUUUAAUUCAACAAACUAAAGUUUCAGUUUUAAAUUUUUUAAAAAUUAAGAUUUUCUAAAUAUUGAACAGUUUGAAUGUUUUGUGGGUUAUAAAUAUUUCUGUGAAAAGUUUGUAUAUAAAUAGUAGUUGACUAAUUAUUUAUAUUUUUGUUCAAAUUGAAGCAGGAUUGGGUGUAUGAUAUAUACUACUUUUUUAUUUCUGAUGUUUUCGGGUUUGUAUGUCAAUUAAAACACAGUUAUGUUGUGUGUACAUUGUAAAAUAGUUUACUUAGAAACAAAGUUGAAAGCCAAGUAUUUCCUUAAAAAAUAUUUUUAUGGAGAAUAAAAAGUGUACCAUUUUUCACAUAUAUAUAAUUCAUGGGGAUAAUGUACUGUACUUUGAAACGUUUUUCUUUCAUUUUUCCAUGUACACUGAUAAUGAAUAAUUAAUACUAAAAAUACCAGGGUUCUUUGAAAGAAAUUUUGCAAAGUGGGUUGAGUAUUAACCAUGUUCACUUAAUGGGGGGCAGCAAAAGACCUCUUACGGUACUUAAACCAAAAAGAUUUUUUAAUUUUUAUUAUAAUACCAAUUUAAAGAGCUUGAAAAUAUGUUUUGGUUCAAUAAUGAAUCAAUAAAGCUAUUUAUGAUAGAAUGUAAAAAGAUGUAAAUUUUUAAUUUUUCUUUAUUUCUCUGGUGUAUAGCAGCUUAUUGAUUAAUUAUUUAGGCAUAUUAUAGAGCAAUGUCUUAGG